GAAGCUCCAUAAGUAUGUAGCUUGGGGUCUUGGCUGGCGUUUAUAAUCUCUUGUUUUCUCUUGGCUUUACUUUCUCCAUCUUUGUCGAGACAUCAACUCUUGGAGAACUGUUUUUGAGUCAAUUCGAUUGGUUUUUGCAGCCAUCAUGGACGCCUUUACCCCAGCUCAGACGACAGAGCUUGUCUCUCGCAUUGGAGCCAAGAAGGCUCGGAUGCGGAUUGACAAGAUGUUCAUCAAUUCUUUCAUGGGAGGAGCUCUGAUCUCAUUUGGAUGUGCUCUAUCAUUAUCUACCAAUUCUUCUCCUUGGUUUCAGACAAAUGCUCCAGGUCUAAUCCGAACUAUCUCUGCCAUGGUAUUCCCUGUUGGUUUGAUCAUGGUUGUCUUGACUGGAGCGGAUCUCUUCACUAGUUAUUGCAUGUACUCGGUUGUCGCCUUACUCCAUCGCAGAUGCAGUGUCUUGGAUCUCGUGAAGACCUGGGUUGUGAGCUUUUUCGGUAACCUAGCAGGAGCUUUGUUUUUCAUGGCUGUCCUCACUGGCUAUGGAGGAACUUUCGAGUCUGGAGCAUACAAAGAUGAAGCAUUAGCUUUCGCAAAGGCAAAGGUCGUCACUCCCGAAUGGCAUCAGAUCUUCUUGAAGGGCAUUCUGUGUAACUGGCUCGUCUGCAUGGCAGUCUUCCUCGCACUCUCCUCCCGCGAAAUUAUCUCCAAGAUAGUCGCAAUCUGGUUCCCCGUCAUGUGUUUCGUGGGUCUCGGCACCGACCACGUAAUCGCAAACAUGUACUUCAUUCCCCUCGGCAUCUUCCUCGGCGCCCCCAAGCCCCUCACUGUCGGCUACUAUAUCUGGAAGAGCAUGAUCCCCUCUCUCCUUGGUAACAUCGUUGGUGGAGGUUUGUUCACUGGUGUCGUGUAUUGGUAUCUCUUCUUGGCUGGGGGUGAGGAGGUUGAGAUUCAUUUCGAUACUUUGCCUAUGGAUACUGCUGUUUAUGAACAAGGUGGACCCAUCGAGCGCGAGAUUACAGCCACGGGCGCGGGAACUGGAUACAACUCCCAUAAUCAACAUAUCCCCGACUCUGGAAAUGGAGGCAUCAGCGGCAUCGCGAAAGACUUCCAUGCGAAACACUUCAAGAAAGAUAAAGAGAUGAAUGGAAAUAAUGCUGCUUGAAGAAUGUUUGGAGGGGAAUAGGGUUUUUACUGGAU